CAUGUACACAAUACGUACACACUAAUUUCUACCUAAAAAGCUGCCCAACAAUACACCGUAUACCUAAGCCACCACAACGACAACGGACACUUCACACAUCAUCGUUACAUCACCCUCUCCCCACUCCUUAAACCUCUUCAUUCUCCACACACACCAACAACAUUCAUUGUAACACACGAAAAAACAUGCUUCCCUUUCGGAGAUUCUACGGGUUCCAGAGUUGGCUAGACCACGACUCUACGCACGUUCCCAACUCGAUGAUUAAAAGGGCAGUGGAGUUCGACGGCGCCAGAUCAAAAGCGGAACGUAAAUCAACGGAAGCGUGCAAGAGUCACAGGGAAGCCGAGAGGAGACGCAGACAGAGAAUCAACUCUCACCUCUCCACCUUACGUUCGCUCCUUCCUAACGCCGCCAAGUCGGAUAAAGCGUCAUUGCUGGCGGAAGUUGUUGAGCACGUGAAACGGUUAAGGAAGCAGGCCGAUGAAGUGGCGUGCGGGGACGGCGGCGAACCGGGUUUGGUUCCGUCUGAGGCGUGGCCGCUUCCCGGGGAUUGCGACGAGGCGACGGUGAGUUGGUGCGAGGGGGAGGCGAAUAGGGUGAAGGCGACGGUGUGCUGUGAGGACCGGGCCGGUCUGAACCGAGACGUGACACGGGCAAUCCGGUCGGUUCGGGCAAAGCCGGUUCGCGCGGAAAUGAUGACGGUUGGGGGAAGGACGAAGAGUGUGGUGGUGGUGGAGUGGGGUGAAGAGGAGGUGGAGGUUGGGGCGCUGGAACGGGCUUUGAAGGCCGUGGUGGAGAAUCGGGCUUUGGUGGGCUUAGGAAUGGGCCCUGUUGUUUUGGGCCAGAAACGGGGUAGAGAUUGUUGCGGUUCGCCUAGUUCUUGUUGAGACGAAUGGGACACUCAGCUAGCGCUUAAUUAGUUUUGUUUUACUUUUUUUAUUUGGUAUAAAAAAUAUUUAGAUUUUAGUUAUUUUUCUGA